CAGCGCUGGUAACAAAUAAUAGGCAGAAGUAAGUGUGGGUGUGUGUGUGUGUGUGUGUGUGUGUGUGUGUGUGAGAGAGAGAGAGAGAGAGAGAGAGUGCUGCAGUAGCCGUGAUGGUGGUGGUGGUGGUGAUGAUGAUGAUGGUGAUGAUGAUGCUGGUCGAACCGGAAAGCAGAAGCAGCUUCUACAUUCAGUGAGCACCGGAGGACAGGCUGCGGGAGCGCGCGACGCUUUGGUUCGUGCUGGGUGACUUGCGGUCCCGGUCCCGGUUCGUUUCGGACAGAUGUCUCAGCCACGGAAACGGAAAUGGCUUCCGGAUCCGGCUCGAGGACUUCGCGAGGGAAGAGGAUGAAGAAGACUUGGUGCGCUCCUCCGGUGCGCGUGUAGCGGUUGCGCGCCUACGGCCGCGAGGCAUCAGGAGCAGAACCAGGGGCAGAACCGAAGGCGGUAACGGAGGCAGAGGCGCGCGCGUGGGAGAUAUGCUCGCGGGGCUCGCGCUGCUCCUGCUGCACGGUGCUUUCGCCAACGCCGAUGGAACAAAUUAUGAGGCAUCUGGAUCAUUGGCAUCACCUCUGGACAAAGCAGCCCUGUCAGCCUCUUCUCUUUGGCCAUCUGGUUUGCUUAUGAUCGAUGAGGAUCCUGUCUCGGCCGUCCGUUCUGAUCCAACGAGUCAAAGGGACAUGAGAGAGAAGUCUCUAUCAGCCAGACCACCUGCAAAACCACAGAUCGAUUUUCAUUUCAGCUCUACUCUGGAGAGUCCUGUUAGAGAGACCACUAACCAGUCUAAGCGUUCACCUGCAGGUUCUGUUCAGAGAGCAGAGCCAUCUUUUAUGAUCCCAGCAUCUGCUUUGGUGCACAUUAGGAACCAUUCUUCAGAAAAGACUACGCUGGACCAGUGGAUGUCUGGGUUUCCAUCCUCUGUCCUAACAUCUCGAGAGACCAGGUUUCCUGCUAAAGGAAAUGACUCUGCUUUACCUCCUUUUCAAAUGAUAAGACCUACAUUACCCAACAAAAAUAUAAACACUUCAGUCCAAUCAGAACCACUAACCCAGGAACUACCAACCAGCAAGGUCCCAGAACUCACCCCCAUCACCACCAUGACAGCCUUCACAACUACCACCGCAUCUACUACAACUACACAGCUGACCAGCACAACCCAAGUAACCAGCACCAUAGGAUCUACCACUUCUGCAACAUCCACAACUAUAGCAAAGCCUUCCAGAACUAUAGCACCAACCUCGUCCCCUAAAUGGACUUCCACCACCUUGAGUGUCAGGACCAGUCCACCCAGAACCACAACCAUUACCACCACGACUGAAAGUUCUCCACACAGCUGCAACAUAACUGACAGGAUGUGGGUUAAAACGGUUCUGUCUGUCCACAUCAGGAGGAAUCGACUGGACAAUAUUUUGAAACACAACCUUCCGAGAGGCCUGACAUUGGCACUGACCAAGGUUCUGAAUGACAGCAGUGUCCGAGCAAAGAUCGAAAGUCUGUCCACGAUGUCCAAUGUGACCGUGGGCUAUUACGUAACCCGUGGCAAUAUGGUUUACACCUCGUCCUUUAUCGUGGAGGCUCUGAGCUCCUACGGCAUGGACAGGCUAAUGGCGGAUAUCCGGCAGUUUGUGCCCAUGGUUCAGGCAUUGCCAACCCCAGCAGCCCCCUGGAGGCCAACUCCUACUAUUUCACUCAUGCUGAAGACAGUUCUGAGAUUUGUAGGACCAGGAGAUGAUCUGAGGUCCUGCAGGUUUGCUGAGCUGAUGGAGGAGAGACUGGAGAACGCUUUUGCUGAAGCCGAGGCCAAAGUUCUAAAUAGUUACAGCACACUCAGUGUAGAGAUCCUGAGUGUGUCUCAGUCGGCUGGAUCUCCUGCAGUGUCUCUGGUUUAUGUGGUGCAGAACAGAACUGAGACUUUGAAUGGCACCGCGGCCAGUAACCUGCUAAGUCGCCUGACCGCUGAGCUUGUGGGCUACUUCCUGUUUUACCCUCCGCUCAUUAUAGCAGAACCUCUGGAGUACCAUAACCUCAACACCUCAGCAGCUACCAAGGACUUCUGGGUAAUCACAGUGAUUCAGGAUGUGGAGAACUCGUCUCUGGAGGGUCAGUACCAGAGUUUUGCCAGUCUGAUGGAACAGCGCUUGGCAGAGCUCUUCAUGGUAGCACAUCAGCAGGGUGUCCGUUUUAAACGAGCCAACACAGUGGGCAGUUACACUGUGCAGAUGGUUGGCAUGAGGCGAGUGGUAGGACCAAAAAACCCAGCUGAACUUACUUACUACGUGCAGUUGAAUGGAAUGCCACUCCCUGGUACAACUGCAGCUAAAUUCCUGAACACUGUGGACUCCCAGACCAUGGCUCUGACACUUGGGUAUUUUGUCCAGCUCCAAGCUGAAGCUGUGGUGAAGGGCCCUUCCAACAACCUCUGGAUCAUCGCCUCUGUUUUGGCUCCUAUCAGCAUCGUCACCAUCAUCAUCAUCAUCAUCACCGCUGUUCUGUGCCACAAAAACAAGAGCGACUUCAAAACUGACGGAAUUGCCAACCUGAAUCCACGGGUUAAGACGACAUACAGGAGGGACAUGAGUUACUAUCACCAGCCGGUGCAGGGAUUCGAUUACGCGAAGCAGCAUUUGGGUCAGCUGGGGUCGGACGAGGACAGCGCACCCCUUCCUCAGGCUCCACUCCAGAUCCGGGACGCCUCUCUCAAGGUCAUUCACCCGGACGGUACCAACUCCAAAAAGACCAUCGGCGGAGAAAUUAGGAAAAGCAGGUUGCCGAGCGAGGACGGUUCUGCGGUCAGCGUGGAGUCGGUGAGGCCUGUCUCAGUGCGAGUCCUCGUGAAGAAAAUCUCCACACAGCAAAACCUCACGAAGGAGGAAAGUAAGAAGAGGACAGAUCCAUAUGACACGUCAUCAGGAUCUCUGCAGCUCAUCUCCGUAAAGCAGAUCGCAGCCCCGCCGGCAUACUCGCAACCUGCCUCUUCUGACCGCAGUCAAGAUUCAGCCGUCCUGAAUGGCGAGGUGAAUUUGGCUCUGAAGCAGAAGUCAGACAUUGAGCAUUACAGAAACAAGUUGAGGCUAAAAGCCAAGAGGAAAGGUUACUACGACUUCCCAUCAGGCGAGAACAACGCAAGCUCCAAACCUCCGAGACACGAAAGUGAGAAAGCCGAACGCACACCGGUUACACGGCCGUCCAGCAGAACGCCGGAGUAUGAGGAUGACCGGAGCUCCACAUAUGUCAAAUCUCGCAGGAGACACUCUGAAGUAAAAUAUCCAGCAUAUCGGAGCAGACAAUCAUUAAACAGCCCGAGUCCUGGAGGAACCGAGAUGGAUCUGCUGGUGAUGAGAGAACGACCCCGGAAAGGCAUCCGCAACAGUGGCUAUGAUACGGAGCCUGAAAUCAUUGCGGAGACCGACGUGGACGGCUUGGCUGCUCGCCGUCACUACGGCUAUGGCCGGCAGGCCAAAGGUCAUUCGGAGACAUCCACAUUGAGCUCACAGCCCUCCAUAGAUGAGGUACGUCAGCAGAUGCAUCUGCUGUUAGAGGAGGCCUUCAGCCUUGCUUCAGCAGGUCAUACCUCAUCCAGCAGGAGGCACCACUACCAGCAGCACCAGGCCAUUAGCCCUUACAGCCCCGGGCCUUCUAUUCCCUACUCUGAGGGGCCAACUAGCGCACCCGACACCAUUAACCACACCCAAGGUGGACUACAGUGGGUUCCGGCCUAUGGCCAUGAUCUCUAUCAGUGUAGCCUGAGCAAACCGACUUUCAGGUUCACUCAACUCCCAGAGAUGGUCACAGACACGGAUUCGCCUCCUCCUCCUGUUCCUCCGAGAACCGGCCCAGUGCCCAGAAGCUCACUGCAGAGGUCUUCCUCUGAUGUUGGGCCAAAAGCUCCGAGCUCUCAAUCUUCGGUGCCAGACAUGCAGAGUCAGCAGGACAACACAUACGUGCCAAUCAGCAGAGGACCACUUCCACCCAUCACCACCGAGCCUGUACUCAACCACUCAGGAAACCCGAUGACCGCUGUGUACGCCAUCCCCACCAGCAGGCAGGGCUACCCCGGAUACUUUCUCUCCACUCCUCCUUCCUCCUAUCACAGUCCCUCGUGGAUGUCGUAUCCCCCGGAGCCUGAGGACGUGUCGACACCGUGGACCGAUUCCGUUCCAUUGCCAGGAUACGCUGAAGCAUUUCCAAACCCACGUUACCCUCGAGGAAGUGUGUUCCAGUGGACCCCGAGCCAGGCAGUGUCUCCUCCUCAGGUGGAACCCGAUCAGCCGUUCUCGCUCUCCACCGACCCCACGGACGUGAUCACCCCCAUCACGCUCUCCACCUCGGCUCUGGUCCAGGCCAUCCGCGAUGAGGUCGCCAAGCUAGCCAAAAAGCAAGCGGACAUGUUUGAGUUCCAGGUCUAGAGCUCCCCCUGCAGGACCGGAGGACAAACUGCACUCUGGAGAUAAUGAACUCCUUCCUCACUGACUUUUUGGUUACCAGGAAAACCGGAAACUUCCAUUCCUUAUAAGGAACUUAAAGGUGUAUGUGUUUUAUGAAAAGCCUGCCUGUUUAUACAGCUUGUUCUCCUUUCCUACACCGGCAUUCUAUUUGCUCAUCAAGCAAAGCUUUUGGAUAACGGACAAAACCAAAUCCAUCGCUAAUUUCAUUUUUCACUUGAAUUACAAAGAAACAGGAAUGAUGAAUGAUGAUGAAAUCGUUUUCUCCGGAAAAAAUUGUUUUGCCUUUGCGCCGUAAUCAAAUGUACGACAUACGUAUGUACUGUUAUCUAAUGUUGAUUUAGUUUUCUUGUAACAGCAUGCGUUUUACUACUCACAAUGAUCUGACAACAGAUUUUCCACUUCUCACUUACGUUAUAGCAGCUAUAAACAUUUGUUCCCUCACCAGCUUUUUCUUUAUUUCUCUCAUUAAAAUAAAACACAUUUCACUUUGACACUUUGACAAUGUCAAAUAAACAUCUCACAGAAAACAUCACCACAUGAACAGCAUCCCUGUGAACGAGCCGUUUCCCUAAAAACAAUAACGUAUCCAGAUGAAAGCGUUAAUAUUAACCUGCGCUACUGUCCCUGUUAAACUGCUGUUAUAGAGAAUUAAUCAACACUUUCUGACCAAUCACGAUGCAGCAUUUAACAUCGCUGGGAUUUAUGAAUGUUAUAUAUUAUCUUCCUUUUCUUCCUACUGAAAGUUAUGCAACAAGUUUGUGUUUCGAAAUUUUCAGAUGAAAUUGUAUUCAUUAUUUGAUGUAUAUAAUAUUUGAAUGAGUUUCCACUUGAUUUUGUUCUUCCAACUUUUUUCUCUAGAUAUACAUACAGUGUCUGUGAAAAGUAUUGAAACACUGAGUUUUAUGGCAUUUUAUGGAUUUCUAAAUAACACUUACAGAACUCAGACGUGCGCUUCCGCUCAUCGUCUUGUUGUACGGUGAAGUCGGUUGCUAUGAGCCACAGAUGGAACUGCAUAGUGUUGAAGUGUGGAAUGAGAGACAUGAUGGUUCAGGAUUCCUCUCACUUUCUGGAAUCUUCCCUGCUCCAAAACAACCCCAAACCAUUAAACUUCCACCUCCAUGUGUGAGUGUAGGGGUGAGGGAGUCUGAUCACAUCUCUCCUGUUCUCCGUCUUACACAAGUUCUUCUGGUAGAGGCACAAAUGUCCCAUUUGGACUCCACACAACUUUCUUCCACUCAGUCACUCUCACAUUACUGCGUGUUUGCUGCAUAGACCAUGCAUGUGUCUCAAAAACCAUAAAAGACUCUGUUUCCACACUUUUCAUAAGCACUGCAAUUAUUAUUAUUAUUAUUAUUAUUAUUAUUAUUAUUAUUAUAUUAUUAUUAUUAUUAUUAUUAUUAUUAUUAUUAUUAUUAUUAAAGCAUAAAAAGUUCCCAUUGAUAAAAUAAAGCGUUAUCAUUGUAAUGGUGAUGCCCCUUUUUUUGUUUACUUUUAUUUUGUUUUUGUGAGAAAAUUAAUUUUCUGUAUUUAAAAACAGAAAAUCGAUCGUAAAUGUGUGUAAUAAUAUUUCUUGCCUCCAUCUCUUCUAUCAAUAAUCUACUCUAUGAUGAUUUUUCAUUUUUUAUUUUAUUUUCUUUCAUUUAUUUUUAUUUGUUAAUGUGCAUUUAUAUCAUAUACUAGUUUUUUUUUAAUCAUUAAAUUUGAAGAGCAUCAGUGCGAGAAACAAACCAUGUCACUGGAAGAACUCGGGAGCCGAAGGGAAAAACUUUCUCACUGCAUUUUUUAAACAAGAACUUAUUUAAUUGGAACAAACAAAGUUUAUUUGUGUAAUUAAUUUAUGCGGUAAAGAAAAAAAGAAAUAAAAUUGCAGAUGGAAAGAUUUGUUGUAAAAUCUGGUCCUGUGUAGAAGUGGACACUUUCUGUCCGGACCCCCUUCAGUUUUUUUUUCCUUUUGAAAGUUGUGAUUUGUUUGAAUAAAGCUGUGUCCUUGUCACGAC